AUGGCCACACUUACACUGCCUGCUGUAGCCCCUUCUCCAACCCAAGACAGUGAGAGACUUAGAGUAGCUUUACAAGGGUGGGGAGUGGAUCAGGAAGUGAUAAUAUGGAUAUUGGGACACAGAAAUGCAGUUCAAAGGAAGAAGAUCAAAGAGACUUAUCAACAGCUUUUUAAAGAAUCCAUCAUUCAUUGUCUACAAUCUGCACUCUCUGGUGUACUUGGGAAAGCAAUGUCCUAUUGGAUGGAAGAACCGCCUGAAAGGGAUGCCAAGUUGGUAGAGAAGACCUUGAAAAGGGGGAAGGCGGGCAUCACUCAACUCCAAGUCAUUGUCGAGAUAGCAUGCGCAUCAUCUCCUAACCAUCUAAUGGCAGUCAGGCAGGCCUACUGCUCUUUAUUUGACUGUUCCCUUGAAGAAGCCAUCACAUCCAAAGUUUCAUCGUCUCUCCAAAAGCUUCUGCUGGGCUUGGUGAGUUCCUACAGGUAUGAUAGAGAAUUGGUGGACUUGAAUGUUGCAAAAUCUGAGGCUACUAAGCUACAUGAAGCCAUUGAAAAGAAGCAAUUGGAUUGUGAUGAAGUUAUGUGGAUACUCAGCACCAGGAAUUUCUUCCAGCUCAGAGCAACUUUUAAGCAUUAUAAACAAAACUACCAAGUUCCUAUCUACCAGGCUAUUAUGAGCUCAGGGAGUGAUGAUUUGGGAUCUCUAUUGCGGGUGGUAAUUUUAUGCAUUGAUGCCCCGGAGAAACACUUUGCCGAGGUUAUAAGAGCUUCCCUCAGUGGUCAUCGGACAGAUGUUCAUUCAUUAGCAAGAGCCAUUUUGGCUCGAGUGGAAAUUGACAUGAUGAAGAUCAAAGAAGAGUAUUUCAAUAUGAACAAGGUAAGUCUUGAUGAUGCAGUGGUACGCAAAACAUCAGGGGGCUACAAGGACUUCUUGAUGACCUUAAUUGGAGCAAGAAUUUGAUUCUCACCGCACAAUCUUAGCCUAUUAUAGUUGACUAUACAUUGCAAACUAGCUCUUUUUGGA